CCUAUCCGAAACUUCUAGCAAGUAAUGAUGAACUAUUCUGGCUCUCAGCACCUGCAGACUAAGUGUUUCAGUGUCCAGCUUUCAGAAUUAAAAUUCACCAAAAUAUUUCAAAAUUCUGCAGUAUCAGAAGCUGAAACAGCUAAAAGAGGUUUUAGCUAUGUUGCUCUACCUGGUUGCCCUGGUAGGGCUUUACAUCCUCUGCCAGUGGUACCGGGAAAGACAAAAGGUGGAGAACCUGACGGAGAAAUAUGUCUUCAUCACGGGCUGUGAUUCUGGCUUUGGGAAUCAGCUGGCCAGGCAGCUGGAUGCUCGGGGUCUGUGGGUGUUGGCAGCUUGUCUCACUCCAGAAGGGGCAGAACAACUGGAAAAAGUCACAUCGGCUUGUUUGAAAACCACCCUACUGGAUGUCACUAGCAGUGAGAGUGUUGCAGCAGCAAGUGAGUGGGUGGAGAAGCAAGUAGGAGACAAAGGACUCUGGGGCUUGGUGAACAAUGCAGGAGUCUCUUUCCCAAUGGCUCCCAACCAGUGGCUGACCAAGGAUGACUUUGCAAAGGUGCUAAAUGUCAACUUGCUGGGAGUAGUUGAUGUGACCCUCCACUUGCUACCCCUCAUCAGGAGAGCCAGAGGCAGAGUGGUCAACGUAAGCAGUUUGGCUGGAAGAAUUGCCUAUAGUGGAGGUGGCUACAGCCCUUCAAAAUUUGCACUGGAAGCCUUCUCUGACAGCCUUCGACGUGAAAUGCAUCCUUUUGGGGUCAAAGUCAGCAUCAUCGAGCCAGGCUCAUUUGUAACAGGACUAGAUAAAUGUGCAGCAGAGUUCUUCAAAACCCUCUGGAGCAAAGUAUCACCUGAUAUCAAAGAACUCUACGGCCAGGAAUUCUGGAGAAAAUGUAAGUUAAAAUGUAUAAAACCAGGAAAGUACCAUUGCCAGCUUAAGUAA